CGGCUCAGAAAUUCCACCACGAAAAUGGGAUGAGUCUUGUGAGGUUGAGUCACACUCGCUUUGCCCGGUGGUCUUCUAGUCACCUUCGGACACACUCCUUCUCACAUGAGGCAUUUGUGAUCACACAAUUGCAAUUGCAAAUAUGCCUACGGUUCACCUGCUAGACUACGUCGCGGGGAACGUGCGAAGUCUCGUCAACGCCAUCGAGAAGGUUGGCUACGACGUCGCCUGGGUCAAGACUCCCGAAGAGGUCAAGAAUGCGGAUAAACUCAUCCUCCCCGGCGUCGGCCACUUUGGCCACUGCCUUUCACAGCUGUCUUCGGCGGGUUUCCUCCCCGCCAUAAAAGCCCACAUCGAGGCCGGCAAGCCCUUCAUGGGCAUCUGUGUUGGCAUGCAGGCUCUGUUCUCUGGAUCUUCCGAGGAUUCCCAGUGCCCCGGGUUGGGCUUUAUCGCCUCUUCGCUCUCCCGCUUUGACGACAGUGACAAGGCAGUCCCGCACAUUGGCUGGAACGAUGCUGUCGUCGAGGGCGGCGUGUCGCUUUACGACCUGAGGCCCGGAUCCAAGUACUACUAUGUCCACAGCUACCGAUGUCCGUACAAGAAGGGAGACCUGGAGGGCCAGGGAUGGACUGUGGCCACGGCAGGCUAUGGAAGCGAGACGUUUGUCGGUGCCGUCGCCAAGGGCAACAUUCUCGUCACUCAGUUCCACCCCGAGAAGAGCGGUGUCGCAGGACUGAGGGUCAUCAGGUCUUUCCUCACCGGGGAGGGUGCGAAAAUCUUGGGUCAGGUACAGCCUGAGGCCACGGCGUCGACACAGUCCAGUGGGGGAGCAGUUACACAGCCAGGCCUUACCAGGCGGGUAAUCGCGUGUCUCGAUGUACGGACAAAUGAUUCGGGCGACCUCGUCGUCACAAAGGGCGACCAAUACGACGUGCGCGAGAAGGACGCCGACCGUGGCGUCCGCAACCUGGGAAAGCCAGUCGACAUGGCCAAGAAGUACUACGAGCAGGGUGCCGACGAGGUGACCUUCCUGAACAUCACGUCCUUCCGGGACCUGCCGCUCAAGGACCUGCCCAUGCUGGAGAUUCUGCGGCUCACCUCGCAAACCGUGUUUGUGCCGCUUACCAUCGGCGGCGGGAUCCGGGACACGGUCGACCCGCUCGACGGGAGGAAGGUGUCGGCGCUCGACAUCGCGAGCAUGUACUUCCGCAGCGGCGCCGACAAGGUGAGCAUCGGGUCGGACGCCGUGACCGCCGCGGAGGAGUACUAUGCCGCCGGCUGCAAGCUGUCGGGCACCACGGCGAUCGAGCAGAUCUCGCGCGCCUACGGCAACCAGGCAGUGGUGGUGUCCAUCGACCCCAAGAGGGUCUACGUGGCCUCUCCGGAGGCGGCGGGCGCUCACCACACCAUCAAGACCAAGUUCCCCGGCCCAAACGGCGGGGAGGAGUACUGCUACUACGCGUGCACCAUCAAGGGCGGGCGCGAGACGCGGGACCUGGAUGUCGUCCAGCUGGCCCAGGCGGUCGAGGCCAUGGGCUGCGGCGAGCUGCUGCUCAACUGCAUCGACCGCGACGGCACCAACAGCGGCUUCGACCUGGAGCUGAUUCGCCAGGUCAAGGGAGCCGUCAAGAUCCCCGUCAUCGCCUCCUCUGGCGCCGGCAACCCGGGUCACUUCGAGGAGGUAUUCGCCGAGACGACCACGGACGCGGCGCUCGGAGCGGGCAUGUUCCACCGUGGCGAGUACACGGUUAGGGACGUCAAGGAAUACCUGGGCAAGAAGGGCCUAACCGCUAGGGCAUUCGAGGGAGAAUUUUGAUAUGCUGCCGUGGACCAUUUCGGCAUUCGCGACGGGGGAUGAUCAGGAAGCGUGCUAUACGUGCUAUAAUGUCGCGUUACGCCGUCUACGAAACUUGGCUUCAAGAGAAAUUAGAACCGAUAGAAUUGCGUCAGCAUCUACCCAAAGUAUUGGUUUUGCAACCGCAUCGCCAUUCUUGUUGACUAAAAUCUGUUGCACCUUUUGUGCUUAUAACUUGAUGGUCGAAAAGGUAGGAUGCUGUUAUGUACUCCCGUGCUCCUGGUGCUGUGCUUGUAAUCCAUGUUCUUGCCGUAAUCACGACGGAUUUUCCUUCCACAUUGUUUCAAAGUCUUCCUUUUUUCAGAACGCUUUUAAGAGAUCACCUGAACAGAGACAAUCGAACGAUCCCACAAAGACAACACAGACAAGGAAAUCAACGCGACCCAACACUCCAAACCAAAAGACCGUUCCCAGGACUCAAAGGCAGAUUGCCAAAUAACGAGAGUGUUGGAUGUCGAAAAGAAGGCUGCUGGUCCAUAUCCUACACUUCCGUGCCCAUGAACACCCAUUCCUUGCUCGUCACAUCGACAGCUCCCGCCCACUGGUCGAGUGUCAUGAGCUCGAGGCCCGCCCACCGCAGGCCCUUUGUCAGCGUCUUGGCCUCGUCAGUCUCGAUGGACCGGUCGAUGCAGAUGACCAACUGUGAGCAGCCCAAAGGCGACUCGGCCAGCUCCAUCAGCGCCACGAGAGCGUCUUUCAGAUCGCGGCCGACGACACCGGCGUCGAAGAAGGUGAACAGGGUCCUCUCGCCACGGGCGUAGUCCUCCGCCGUGAAGGCGCGGAAGCUAGCACCGCCCUGGUAGUCCCAUAUCUCCAUCCACGAGGUGACCUCGAUGUUGCUGUUUGCAGGACCACUGCCGCACAUGAUUUCGGGUCCAUCACACGGAGGCGUGAGCUGCUGGCGCUGGUCGGGAUGGGCGUUGCUGGUGUAGGAGCCAAAGUAUCCCGAGUCAAUGGAAGCAGCGCUGCUCCCAGCGGAUGGGCGCCGGUUGGCGUCAGUGGUGCCGGUGCUAUUGUUUGCUGAGUGAUCGUGUUGUUGAAAAACACCCGUCAGGCCGGAGACCGCUGAGUGACCGUUCCUCUCACCGAAGAAAGCGGUCGCCAUGGUCUCACAAAAGAAUCUCUCACAUUCUUCCCUGAUGCGAAGUGUUGCCCCCCCUCGUCGGCGACGAGACUCGCUGUUGGAUGCCGUGGACUGACGCUUGGCAGGCUUGGGCGUCAGGGCGAGCUCGUUUGACGAGGUGAUUGCGGCGAGGGGGGGACUUGACGGCGGGGAGGGUAAUCCUGAGAUGGGGACCUCAGGAAUACCACUCGGCCCCUGCAGCCAGGGUAGUGCAGUAGUGGAGGCCCUUGAGCGAGCCGGCGGCGUCGACGACGUAGCAGGAGGCGAGAACGUUGGCCUGGCGGGCCAUGUCCUCGCCGUAAUUACUACUCGACUGAUUGGAAUUUAAAGUUUUCAUGGGCGCCAUUGUGAUAUGCCACCGUGGGGGAUUUCGCUUGGAGAUGGGUUGGAUUGUUGGUUGGUUGGGAAUUCGCAGGGCGCGACGACGGCAAAGUGGUCGAGGAUCUGGUUGAUUGAUUGAUUGAUUGAUUGAUUGACCUAGUCAGGUGGAGCUGCAGGUGGUGUGUGAUUGAUUGAUGGUGUUGGUUAGGAUGUCGAUGGCUGCUUUUGCGCGAACAGGUGGAGACGGGCGAGCAGGAGAUGGUACUUUCAGGUUGACGGAUUGGUUGGUUGGCUGAUGAAUGAGGCUGAAUCGAUCGAAGUCGACGAGGGAGACGGAGAGGUCGGGGUUGAUAAAGAGGAGGCGGGAGCGAGGGUCGACAAGGAGAAAAACAGGCGAGGCGGUCCACAAAUUGGGUGUGGAGUCUUGGCUAGCGUCAGGCUUGCGUCUGGAAAUUUCGAGUCAUUCUGAUCAACUC